UCCUACUUCGAGCCUCAACCGUAAUGUCCACCUUAUCUUUCAGACCUUUCUUUCCAAAACCACAGCAAGUUACCAAAACCAAAAGGCUGAAUGUCCCUAGAGUUUCAUGCAAAGCCACAGAUGAUACACAAAACCCUGCCACGAGAAGAGACGUCCUCAUCGGUCUAGGAGGCCUAUAUAGCGCUACCAAUCUUGCUGACCGAACUGCCUAUGCUAAGCCAAUCACCCCUCCAGACUUGACCAAUUGUGAGUUGGUGGACUUACCAAACCCCGAAAAUCCAACAAACUGUUGCUCUCCACUACCCAAAAAGAUCAUAGACUUCAGACCUCCUUCUCCAUUCUUCCCGCUACGAACUAGACGUGCGGCCCAUUUAGUUGACGAAGACUACGUGGCCAAAUAUGCUGAAGCCAUUUCCUUAAUGAAAAGUCUCCCCGAAGAUGAUCCACGCAACUUCUACCAACAAGCCAACGUACAUUGUGCCUAUUGCAAUGGUGCCUACGAACAAGUGGGGUUUCCAAAAUUGGAACUUGAUGUUCAUUUCUGUUGGCUCUUCUUUCCUUGGCACAGAUACUAUCUUUACUUCUAUGAAAGAAUCUUGGGCAAACUUAUUAAUGACCCAACUUUUGCUCUGCCUUUCUGGAACUGGGAUUCCCCCAGUGGUAUGCAAAUGCCUUACAUCUUUACCGACCCUAAAUCUCCACUCUAUGACCAGUUCCGCGAUCAGAAUCACCAACCUCCUGUAUUGCUAGAUCUUGAUUAUGCAGCGGGAGACCCCAACCCCACAAACGCAAAUAAAGUAUACUCUAGUAAUCUUAGAGUAAUGUACAAGCAAAUGGUGUCUGGUGCAGCAAAACCAACACUCUUUUUUGGAAAACCAUACCGUGCUGGUGACGAUUCUCGUCCUGGAGCUGGGACGAUUGAGAACAGCCCUCACAAUAAUAUUCACAGAUGGACCGGUGAUCCAACUCAAGAAAAUACCGAAGACAUGGGCAAUUUUUACUCAGCUGCGAGAGAUCCGAUAUUUUUUUGUCAUCACUCAAAUGUUGACCGAAUGUGGACGUUAUGGAAGACUAUACCUGGAGGAAUUAGGAGGGAUAUCAGUGAUCCUGAUUGGCUUAAUUCAGAGUUUCUUUUCUAUAAUGAGAAUGCAGAGCUUGUUCGUUGUAAGGUUAGAGAUUGUCUUGACAAUAGAAGGCUAAGGUAUACUUAUCAAAAUGUUGAAAUUCCUUGGCUAAAAUCAAAACCAAUUCCAAGAAGGUUGGGAAAGAAAGCAGCUGAAACAAAAACUGCAUUAACACCGAUCACUGCAUUCCCUUUAGUCUUAGACAAAACCAUAGUUACUGUAGUUUCAAGACCAAAGAAAUCAAGAAGCAGGAAAGAGAAAGAAGAGGAAGAUGAAGUUUUAGUGAUAGAAGGGAUAGAAUACGACAAAGGAAAAUUCGUGAAGUUUGACGUGUUCAUAAAUGAUGACCUUGAGAUGCCUUCUAAACCAGAAAAUACAGAGUUUGCUGGGAGCUUUGUUAAUGUGUCUCAUAAGCAUGCGAAGAAGUCCAAGACAAGAUUGAUAUUGGGGAUUACAGAAUUGUUGGAAGACUUGGAAACUGAUGAUGAUGAUAGCAUUGUGGUGGCUUUGGUGCCCAGGUCUAAUAGUGUUAGUGAUCCUGUUGUCAUCUCUGGCGUUAAGAUUGAGUUUGUUAAAGAAUGAUGAUUAUCAAGGACAUCUCGUUUUUUCUUAUCCUUCAGGAGAUCGAUGUAUGUCUUUUAGUGUUUGUCUGGGUGCCUUACCGCUUAAUAUCAUGCACGUGUAAUUCAUCUCUGUACUUUUUUGUUUAACAAUCUACAAUUAAAGUAAUGGCAGCUGAUUAAUUUUUUUAA